AUGUAUCUUUGGAGACACAACUUCCGGGGGCGGAAGCUCAUCGUGGCUAUCACGGCCGCCUCCUGCCAGGCAUUUUUGUUGCUAGGCUACGAUCAAGGUGUCAUGUCAGGCAUCAUCGGUGCCAACAAUGCCUUUGCCCACGAUUUUGACGACCCUGGAGCUGCCAUGCAGGGCGACAUCACCGGCCUGUACGACAUUGGCUGUGUGUUUGGAUCUAUCGCCUGUUACUUUAUCGGCGAGAAGUAUGGUCGCAGGACGAUGCUCAUGGUCGGUGGCGCUAUCAUGAUCAUCGGCGCAGCCAUCCUCACGUCCUCCUUUACCAUUCCCCAGCUGCUCGUGGGUCGCAUAGUAACAGGUUUCGGAAACGGCAUGAACUCCUCGACAGCCCCGGUCUACCAGAGCGAGUGCUCACCUGCCAAUAUUCGAGGAGCCUUGUUGACGCUCCAGGGGACAGUGACCAUACUCGGAGUUGUGAUAGCUUAUUGGUUGGACUAUGGUGCUUCGUUCUCCGGGGCAUCCUCCUUCUCCUACCGCUUCCCUUUCGCUUUCCAGGCCGUCUUCGCCAUAUUUUUGAUCUUUCAGAUCAUCGGCUUACCAGAGACACCCCGCUGGCUGGUCGCGCACGACAGGCACGAGGAUGCGAGGGCCGUCAUUGCGGCUAUCACGGACAGGCCUCUAGACGACGCCCAGGUCAGCAAGACCCUCCUUGACAUCCAGUCCGGUCUGGAAGAGGAGCACAAGGACGGCCCGUUCAGGAUCAGGGAGCUGUUCACAUGGGGUGAGGCCCAAAAUCUGCGACGGCUCUUGCUCAUCAUCUCGGUCCAGCUGGGCCAGCAGUUCAGCGGAUCCAACAUGAUCAAUUACUAUCUGCCCUCCAUCCUCGAAAAUGACAUGGGCCUGACUCGCAACCUAUCACUGAUCCUCGGUGGGUGCGCUCAGUGUACAUAUCUGGUCGGCUCAGCCAUUCCGGUCCUGUUGAUGGAUCGAUACGGGCGGCGGACCCUGCUUAUGCUAUGUUCAGCGGGGCUGUGCCUGUGCUUCAUCGCCGUCACGAUCUUGCUCUCGGUCGGAACCCAGGGAGCAGCCUAUACGGCCGUCGCAUUCAUCUUCAUCUUUCAGCUCUGCUACGGCAUCGGCUGGCUUCCCGUGCCGUGGUUCUACCCCUCCGAGCUCUCGACAACGCGUGUACGGUCCAGAAUGCAAGCAAUCGCGUCUGGUUGGAACUGGAUGGCGGUGUUCGCCGUAGUCAAGAUCACCCCGAUCUCUUUUGAAAACAUCGGGUGGCGUACCUUUAUCGUCUUUGCUGUCUUGAAUUCCUUCUUCAUCCCUAUGGUGUUCUUCUUCUACCCGGAGACGAAAGGCAUAGAGUUGGAGGAUAUACCUCUCUUGUUUACGAAGGGCUUCACCGGCGGCGUUUUCGCAUCUCGUGGCAGGACAGUCAUCCCUGGGCAACACGCGCUGAACAUGCAUCUUGACGAAAAGGUGGAUAAGGGAGAAGGGGCAGAGGAGAUCGAAGUGAGGCCAUGA